UGUUCUAUACUUCUUCAUUUCUCUCUUAACGGCUACUAAUUAUUCUUCAUUUUUAUCUCAAACCAUCAAAUUAAUCCCAAAAAAAAAAGAAAAGAAAAAAGAAAGAGAAAAUGGAUAUCAGCUCUUUUGUUACAUCGUUAGCGACUUCUUUCGUAAUUUUCGUCGUGUUGAUGAUUUUGUUCUCAUGGCUUUCGAAAAGCCAAGGAAAUGAGGUGAUUUAUUACCCGAAUCGGAUCCUCAGGGGUUUGGACCCGGUUGAAGGUCGGGCGAGGACCCGAAACCCGUUUGCGUGGAUCAAGGAGGCUUGGGGGGCCAGUGAGUCUGACGUCAUCGAGGCCGCUGGCGUCGACGCUGCCGUCUACUUGCUUUUCCUGAGUUCAGUUCUUGCAAUACUGGUCUUCUCUGGCCUAAUUCUGCUUCCAAUUCUUCUUCCACUGGCCGGAACUGAUCAUGGUCUGCAACAAGCGAACAAUAACAGUAGUAGCAAUGACGACGACAACAACAACAACCAUGGGAACUUUACCAGGCUCGACAAGCUAGCAAUGGGAAAUAUCCAAGAGGGAAGUCCAAGGCUGUGGGCAUUCUUACUAGGAACCUACUGGGUCUCCUUUGUGACAUUCUCUGUUUUAUGGAGAGCAUACAAGCAUGCCUCAGACUUGAGAGCAACAGCCAAAGCACUUCCAGAGGCGAAACCAGAGGAUUUUGCUAUAUUGGUUAGAGACAUCCCAAAUCCUCCUAAGGAUCAAACUAGGAAAGAACAGGUGGAUAAUUAUUUUAGGGCCCUCCAUCCCGACACAUUUUACAAGUCGAUUGUCGUGACAAACAACAAAGAGGCCGAUAAAAUAUGGGAAGAGUUGGAAGGCUACAAGAAAAAACUUGCUCGUGCAGAAGUUCUAUUCUCAGAGUCUAAAACUGCGAGAAAACCAGAAGGAACAAGACCCACAAAUCGAAUUGGUUUCCUCGGUCUUAUAGGGAAAAAAGUCGAAACUAUCGAAUACUGUAAUGAGAAAAUCAGUGAACUGCUUCCUAAAUUAGAGGCUGAACAGGAAAGGACCCUUGGGCAAAAGCAGCAAAACGCUGCAUUUGUGUUCUUCAACAGUAGACAAGCUGCGAUUUUAGCUGCACAAACCCUGCACAGUCAAAUAGUUGAUACUUGGACUAUAACAGAAGCUCCUGAGCCUCGCCAAGUACUAUGGCCAAAUUUAUCAAGAAAAUUCUAUGAGAGGAAAAUAAGACAAUAUAUUGUUUAUGGUACUGUUUUUCUCACUAUUGUUUUCUACAUGAUUCCUAUUGGUUUAAUAUCUGCAGUAACCACAUUAGACAACUUGAGGAAAUCAAUACCUUUCCUAAAGGUGAUAGUGGACAACUCAGCUAUUAAGACAGUAUUGCAAGCUUAUCUCCCUCAGCUCGCACUUAUUUUGUUCUUGGCAUUUCUUCCGAGUUUUCUUAUGGUGUUGUCGAAGGCAGAAGGCAUUCCAUCGGUGAGUCACGCAAUAAGAGCGGCCUCUGGAAAGUAUUUUUACUUCAUUGUGUUUAAUGUGUUUCUUGGAGUUACAAUUACUGGGACAUUAUUUAGCUCUUUGAAGACUAUAAUUAAUCAUCCGAGUGGAAUUGUGAGCAUGCUUGCGAAAGGCUUGCCAAUAAAUGCGACAUUCUUCCUCACUUAUGUUGCACUGAAAUUCUUCAUCGGCUAUGGACUUGAGCUCUCACGCUUAGUUCCUCUAAUCAUGUUCCAUAUGAAAAAGAAGUAUCUUUGCAAAACAGAAGACGAAAUUAAAGAGGCUUGGGCUCCUGGAGACCUCAGUUUUGCUACUAGAGUUCCUAAUGACAUGCUUGUAGUUACUAUUGCCCUCUGCUACUCAGUUAUAGCUCCCUUGAUUAUUCCCUUUGGAGCCAUUUACCUUGGUCUUGGAUGGCUCAUUGCCCGAAAUCAGGCGCUGAAAGUUUAUGUCCCUUCUUAUGAGAGCUAUGGGAGAAUGUGGCCUCACAUGCACACCCGAAUAAUCGCAGCUCUGAUCUUAUACCAAAUCACAAUGUUUGGUUACAUCGCAUUAAAAGAAUUUAUCUAUGCUCCCUUGAUACUUCCCGUCAUCGCAAUAUCCUUCAUUUUUGCUUAUGUGUGCAAACAACGCUUUUAUCGUGCAUUUGCCUGCACUCCUUUGGAAGUGGCAUGCCAAGAUACAAAGGAGGUUCCUAAUCUAGAAUCUGUCUAUAAUGCAUAUAUUCCUGAUAGCUUGAAGCCUGAGAAGCUCGAGGACUUUGAAUAUUUCGAGGAUGCCCAAUCUCAAGUUUCAAGAUCUACAUCCUUCUGAUGAAAUGAGAUACUCAAAUCUAAAAUUGCAUUUGUAAUUAAUAGUUUUUAUGAAGACCACUGCUUACACAUACUUGUUGAUUGAUAUUUAUGAGUUUACAUCAGUGUAUCGAUUAUUUAUCUGUUAGACCA